UAGGAGCAUUGACUGGUACAUCACAACACUAUUACUAGUACCCCGGGUGCUUCUGAGCUUAUAACGGACCAUCCAACCACUCUACCAACUACUUGCGGCCGACGUCGCGGGUCGUCAUGCGCCGCAGACCCUCAGCGACGGACUUGCGGCGGAGCAUGGCGCUGACAGACCCGCGGCGGAGGUCGUGCGGCUGCUGGUCCUCGUCACCCUCGUUGCGCGACGUGACGCGGUGGAUGGCGGCAGACACCGAGCUGCGGCGGCCCUCGGCAAUGCGCACAUUGUUCUUCUCACGCACGCAGAUCGGGCACUCCGGGUGGUUGUACGGGUCCGCGGGAUCCUUGGGAUGCGCGGCGUGCACGAGCGCCUCGGCGGCCGCGCGCACGUUGUUGUUGCUCAUGCUGAGCUGCCGCUCAGCCGGGCCGCGCGGGAAGCCCAUGUUCACGAGCUCCUCGACAUUCUCGGGCGUCGCCUGCUGCAUGUGCGGCCGGUCAAAGACCUCGGCGGACAUGCGGCGCAUGCGGUUCAUGAAGCCCUCCUUGGGGGGCGAGAGGGCGGCCUGGGUAGACGCUGCUGAGGUCAGCAAGUGCACGAGCAGAGCGCACGGACGGAGCGUGACCCCGUCGCAUUCACAGGGCAGCCACAGCUCUCGCGGCUCUCGCGGCUCUCGCGCUCACGCGAGCUGUUUCACUCACUCAUUGUGGAAUUCUGAAGGGUCGGAAUCGACUUGCGGAAAGUUGAUGCUUGUGCUGAAUGCAGGUGUAGGUGCGGUGGCAAUGGAUGGGGAUCGACGCGCCUCACCUCGCCUUCUUAUCUAGGUGGGCGUGAGCAAACGAGUCAUCCGUCACUCCGGUGGUGCGGGUCAGCAGACGGCGUCGACAGCCAAAGCUGGUCAGCGGCUGCGGCCGGAUCCCUGUCUUGGCAAGUCUGUGCAGCCCACCUGCUGCUGUACGUGCGUGACGCCCGCCACCCAA